CUCAGGCUCAGUCCAACCUGCUGGGGAAAUGCCGGAGACCCCGCACUGCCUUCACCAGCCAACAACUGCUGGAGCUGGAGCAUCAGUUCAAGCUCAACAAGUAUCUGUCCAGACCCAAGAGGUUCGAGGUGGCCACAUCCCUGAUGCUUACAGAGACCCAGGUAAAAAUCUGGUUCCAGAACAGGCGUAUGAAAUGGAAAAGGAGCAAGAAGGCCAAGGAGCAGGCCGUCCAAGACGCAGAGAAACAACAGAGAGGAAGCAAAGGUAGCUGUGAGGAGAAAUGUACCGAGGACAGUCAGGAAGACAAGUCUUCCACCUACCAUGUACACUCAAGGGGGGAACCACUUAAAGCAGGGAACCGCCUGCCAAGAGACUAUACAGACAGUGAGGAGGAGGAGGAGGAGGAGGACCGGGAAGAUGAGGAGGAUGAGGAGCAUAGGGAGGACAAGCACUUCUACCAUCAUUCAUCUGACUGUACAUCUGAAGAGGAGGAGAACAGUCAUCUGCAGAACAGUCAGCUGCACUAG